AUGUUUGAAGAUUGGCUUGCAAACCGCGAACGCCUUGAUGGCGGCAUAAUUAAACCCACUGACCGAUGGGUUCCCGUCAACCUGCUUUCUGUGGACGGUCAUCUUUGGUACUUCAUCUAUCCAUGUUCCACGUCACCAGAGCCAGGGGAUCUGAUGGUAUACAUGUAUUCGCCACACCAAGGACUGCUCUCACGAUUGCGCAACACCAUGUCCAAAUUACAGGAUUCCAGCAUCUCUAUUCCCGUAAUGUCGCUUCCUUUGAAGAAGCACAAGCACAAGAAUCAGAAUACCAGCCUUGCGAUUUCGCUAUUAUCCGGCGCCACGGCUGGCGCUACCGAAGCCACACCGUCAGUCCUACAGAAACACAUGCCUGUAAGACGUUACAAAAAUGGUCACGCACUACGCGUAACCAUCACCGAGCAGGGCGUUGCUGAAGUCUACCGUGGUCUCGUUUCUACAACAAUCAAGCAGUCAGCCACGUCGGAGUUCGCAUGGGAACAGAUAAAUUCACUCAAGGAAACCGCGUCGCCGCGCCUCGGGGCGUAUGGCAAUCACCUCGUAGCUACUUUUGGCCUGGUGCAGUUUCUGGCAUCAUUACUGUUUUUGCCACCCAGCCGUCUGAUACAGUCAAGACGCGUGACCAGGGGGCCAUGGGAACCACGGUGUCGGUUGCUGUGA